AUGAGUGGCUGUAAUCUAGCAGUCAAAUAAGUCACUUGUUUUUUAGACCCCGGCUUAAAGUAUUACACAUAAUCUUCGUUUAUUUAUUCAUUAUUCUCAUUCUGUAUUUAGAAUAGAUCUAAUCUAGAUCUGUUCAGCGGAUAAGAUGACUGGUAUGCAUUGGACAUUAAAGCCAAGAAUUUGGCAUUUCCUGCAAUCUUCAGCCCGUAUGUACAGUACAGAAAUCAGUGUUGGAGCAGACAAAACCUUGCUUAGUAAAUUGAGAAAGCAGACAGGAUUCACAUUUAGCAAUUGCAAGAAAGCAUUGACAAAAUUUAACAAUGACUAUGAUCAGGCUAAAAAGUGGCUGGUUGAAGAAGCUCAAAAAGAAGGUUGGGCACGGGCUACAAAGCUUCAAACUAGGCCUAUGUCUCAAGGUCUGGUAGCUAUUGUGGCUGAUAAUAAGCAAGCCACUAUGAUUGAGGUAAAUUGUGAAACAGAUUUUGUAGCCCGUAAUGACAAGUUUACUUCCUUGGUGACAAAGCUGGCUCAAGAGUGUAGUGCUUACUUUGAGGCUUUACAAGAGAAAGAGGUUUCUUUAGGCAAAGCUGAGUUAGAUCAAAUCAAAUCCUCUGAGGCAACAACACUAGCAGACCUAGUGGUACUAAAUGUUGCUAAUUUAGGAGAGAAUAUGUCACUACGUAGAGGAGUGUUCAUCAAAGCUGAUAUUGGAACAGUGCUGUCGACAUAUGUUCAUCCCAAUACCAUUAAAUCACAAUCAUCACAAAAGGUAUUGCUGGGAAAGUAUGGAGCCAUUGUGGAGAUGCGCCAAGCCAAGACGGUAGACAAGCCUGCCCUCUCUCUUAGUGACCUCGGCAGCCACCUUUGCCAGCAUAUUGUUGGCAUGAACCCAAGGACAAUAGGUGAAUACAUUCCAAGGGAGAAAAAGGAAGAGCCAGUCGAAGAGAAACCUCUUGGGGAUGAAGACGAGGCAACAUCAGACACCGAGGGCUCUAGCAAAGUGGUAGAGGUAGAAGAUGACAGGUUGUUAAACCAGGAGUUUUUAUUGGACACCUCCAUGACUGUUGGGGAGCUUGUAUCUCUUAAUGAAGUGGAAAUAUUGCAGUUCAGGAGAUUUGCUUGUGGUGAAGAAUUAGAAGAUGAAAAGCAAUAAUCAAACUAGCUUUUUUAAAUAGUGUUCAUCUGAAAUACGUGUAUGCAACUGGCGAACUUUCAAAACAAAACAUUUUAUAAGAUACCUAAACCAAAAACUACCACUCCUGUCUUUGUUUUAUAUAAUUUUAAUGACCAGCAUGCCUGUUGCUCUACUCUACCCAACAGUGCUAGGAAAAAGAAUUUUUUUUUACCUAAUUAAAUUUCUUCUGCCAAAUUUUUUUUUUACAGGUUAGGUUAUUAUAAUUGACUUUGAAAAUAAAUAACCAAAGAAAUUAAUGUGUUUUUAAUUUUUCAAAAACUCACAUCCUUUAGUCUAAAACUUGUACAGCAAGUUACUUCUAAAUAUAUAAGGUUUUUUUAUAUUUUUUUUUGGAUAGCGGUACUGCUUUCAUAGGAUUUUAAAUUUAAAAGCUUUGGAUGUGUCAUUAAAUAUUCUUAAGGUAGGUAAAGAUGUUGUGUUUUUAAAUGUUUAACUGCAUUGUAAGUUAAUGUGUCCUCAUUUGUGUGAAUUCAUUUGCUGAAUGCGAUGCAUAAAAACUGUAAUUUUUUUUACCAUUAUGAUUGAAGUUAAGAAGAAAUAAAUGUGUUAUACCAAUUUUG